AUGAUGAUCGACGGCACGAAAGAGAACAUCGCAGAAGACGCUCACCAAGCGAAGAUAGAAAAUCUCGAAGACGUCGCAGCCGGAGCGAAGACCGCGAAAGACGGAAAGCCUCACGUUCACCUGUUCGUCGACGCUCUCGAUCAAACGAAAGGAAACGUCGCGACAGCGGCUCGAUGUGGAAGACCAAACAAGAACCGACGUCGCCAUCGCCUGAGUCAGUUUGAUGGAGAAGUGAUUUCUCUUGCUUAAGGUAGUCACGUUUGCUUCAAACCAGAACGCUUCGUAAGAAGAGAAUCAAUCAAUCAAUAUUUAUUGGUUGUUUUAGUCAGAUGGUAUCGACUAGGCGGUGAAAAAAUUGCUCUUUUGAGCGGCACUAACACCGCCUUUGGCGAAAAAGAAGUCAAAACGUGUAGUCGAAUGAUUUGAAAGCAUGGUCUUACGGUCCUUCGCCUCGUUCUUCCACAAGUAGAUCCCUCAGUUUCGCGGGUACGGGCACGGCGAGGAUGGUAGGGCUCGGGCACGGACGCCGUGUACACUCUAGGGUAGCCUCGGCCGACUGAGAGAGCUACCAUUUAGAGUGAAGAAAAUACACGGAAUAAAAAUAAAAUCAAGUUUUCUACGGGGAAAAAAAAAAUUAUUUUCCUUUGUGACCACACAUCUUCCAUACUUUCUGAAAUGAAAAGAUUUAGCUUAUAAUUUCAGUUUUCAGACGAACACGAGAUUCGUGGUCUCGAGAAAACAGAAGGCGACGAAGUGAUGAAGACGUCAAACCAGAAAUUGAUCGUGGAAAUAAGAAAUACGGGCUAGAAGAACGGGGAAACAAGUAGGAGAAAAAUGUUUUUUUUUUUAUGUUGAAACUGUUCUUUGCAGAUGGGGGAAGCCCAACGAAGAAGUGGAAAAGAAGGAGGAACCAGUCAUUGAAAAAGAGAAGGUUCAUUUUUCAUUUUAAUAAAGUUCGUGUAGACUAAUUUCUUUUGAAAAUAUUUUUUGAAGCAAACUGAAGGAGUUUAAUUUUGUUGAAGUAAGAUGCGAUCUUUGGAUUUGAAAAGUGCAGACAAUAGAAAACGAAAGAAAAACUUUUUCUCAAUUGAAUUAAUGAAUUUUGCAUAUUUUUUUUUCGGCUUCAGUUAAUAAAAUCAUGGAAAUGAUUUUCAACUUGAAGAAGAAUAGGUAAAACUGAAGAUUUUCUUUAAAGGAUCCAGAGAAGCUAAAAAGGUUCCUCUAAAAGCUCCAAAAAUAAUGUAAAAAAGCUUUCGAGCUUUUUUUUUUUUAUAACCUCAGCGGAUCCUUUUUGAACCCUCUCCAAACUUUUUAGUUGCUUUACAGCAUCUUUUUAUUGAAGGAUGUGAAAAAGAUGCAGAAUCGAUAUAAAAAAGAUCUGCUAGGGACCCUUAAGAGGUCAUGAGAAAAAAACUUUUGAGGAGCCCUUCAGUUUUUACCUGAAAAGAUUCGAAAAAAAUGGGCUGAAAUUAAAAAAAUUUUUUUCCUGUUUUAUAAAUAAUUUUUUUCUUCUCCACAUUCUCACUUUUAGAUAUCAACUCUGUUUCAGUUCAGUUAAUUUUAUUAUUACACUCCAGUUGUUUAGGUGAACAUGGCGGUGAGUGGGAAGCUGGCGGAAGACACAAACACUUUCCGGGGAGUCGUCAUCAAAUACAAUGAACCGCCAGAGGCCAAGAAACCCAUUGCUAGGUAUUUCCAUUGGGUUUUUCAUAGCAAAAUCAUUUUUUGGAUGGCGAUUGUACCCGUUCAAAGGAGAAGAAUCGAUGCCGCCUCUGCACAUCCACAGACAGUCGGCCUAUCUGAUAGGCCGAGACCGGAAGAUUGCCGAUUUGCCGGUCGAUCAUCCCAGUUGCAGCAAACAACACGCCGUCCUUCAGUUUAGGUUUUUCGUUUUUCAUCAAAUUUUGUUGUACAUUUUUGCCAAAUCGCCAGAGCACAUUGACCGUUUUUACGAACACACUGGGGAUUUCCAGAGUGGUCCCUAUAGAGGCCCCUUUAUCAACCUCUAUAGGCUCCACUAAAACUUACAAAAGUGGUCCCUAUAGGGGUUUCAGUCGAUAAUGAACUAUAAGCGAAGAAGGAUUGCCAUGGAAAAAAUGAAUGAAUAAGCGGGUUUUGAAUAAAAUUGAAAGACCUCUAUAGGGUCCACUUGAGCUUUAGGGGCUUCAGGGGCCAAAUCCUAAACCACUAUAGGGACUAUCUUAAUUUUACCCCUAUGGACCACUUUUUCGGCGCCUAUAGGGGUUGUUUUCCUCCCUAACCCCUAUAGGGACCACUCUGGAUUCCCUAAGCGUUGGCAAAUGUAAAGAGAUUUUUCCACAAAGCUGCAGGUCAAACGUAAUCAUGGGAAUAUGUAGAAAAAAUAAAUAAAUUUUUUAUUAUUACUUUCAUCGUUUAAACUAAUAUUUUUCAAAACCAGUAACAUUAAAAACUGGGAACACUGUCCAAUAAAGAAAAAAAAAACAUUUUAAAAAGUGGCUCCCGCCAAAAAGCCGCUUCACGUACGCAGCGCUUGGCUUCAAAACGUCUGAAAAUUUACCAUUUUUGCGAUUUUGAUCAAGGGCUACUAGUCAUGAGCUAAAAAAACAUGUUAAAAAAAUUCUACUUUUUUUAAAUUUUAUUUUUUUAAAGAUGUUAGAAAGUGCAGCAAAAAAAUACGGUAAUGAAAGUACCUAAUUAGGAAAAAUCUCGCAGUUGUUCAUUAGCGGAUCCUAACUUUUUAUUGUAAUAUGAUAGAGCACUUGAAAGCAAAAAAAAUUUUAUUGAGCUUCAGAGGUUAACAAGAAAAAGCUGUCAAAAAUUUGCAGGUUAAUUUCAAUUUUUGAAAAUUUUAAGUAAAACAAAUUUGUUCUUGAACUAUAUCUGUAAAUUUUAACAUAGGAUCUCAGCUUGCGUCAUUUCAAAAUUCAGAUCAAUGCCCUUCACUCGGCCAGACGGUUCCAAAGCAAGACGGAUAAUCCCUUACAUAAUUGACUUGGGAAGCGGCAACGGCACUUUUCUGAACGAUGACAAGAUCGACCCCCAGAGGCAUUCAAACUUUAAGCACAUUCGGUUCUAAUCUCCCUCUUUAGAUAUGUCGAGAUAAAAGAGAAAGACGUCCUCAAAUUCGGCUUUUCCACUCGAGAAUUCGUUGUGAUGAAAGAUAAGGCCGAAGAAGCUCCGGCUCAAGAGACAUCAGACUCGCCAGAGUGA